GACGCUCCGGCCGGUGUGUGUCGGUGUGUGUGUGUGUGAGUGUGCGCGCUCCGAGUGUGUAUUUGUGUAUCGGCGGUCCCGCAGGUCCCGGAUGUUGCGGACAGUAUGAGGCGAGCGCAGGGGGACGGGGACCAGCAGCUGUCGCCGCCGCUCUCAGAGGUUUCCUGUUAAACAAGACAAAUUAGAGUCUUUCUACUGACUUAACUUGGGUGAAGAGAGAACAGAAAUCUUUGUCCCCUGACUUUGGGAAUCUUGUUUAACCUUCAAACUGGCGAUGUCAAGGGUUCCAAGUCCUCCACCUCCGGCAGAAAUGUCGAGUGGCCCUGUAGCUGAGAGCUGGUGCUACACACAGAUCAAGGUAGUAAAAUUCUCCUACAUGUGGACCAUCAAUAACUUUAGCUUUUGCCGGGAGGAAAUGGGUGAAGUCAUUAAAAGUUCAACCUUUUCAUCAGGAGCCAAUGAUAAACUGAAAUGGUGUUUGCGAGUAAACCCAAAGGGACUAGAUGAAGAAAGUAAAGAUUAUCUGUCACUUUACCUGUUACUGGUCAGCUGUCCAAAGAGUGAAGUUCGGGCAAAAUUCAAAUUCUCCAUCCUGAAUGCCAAGGGAGAAGAAACCAAAGCUAUGGAGUCUCAACGGGCAUAUAGGUUUGUGCAAGGCAAAGACUGGGGAUUCAAAAAAUUCAUCCGUAGAGAUUUUCUCUUGGAUGAAGCCAAUGGGCUUCUCCCCGAUGACAAGCUUACCCUCUUCUGUGAGGUGAGUGUGGUGCAAGAUUCUGUCAACAUUUCUGGCCAGAAUACCAUGAAUAUGGUGAAAGUUCCUGAGUGCCGAUUGGCAGAUGAGCUAGGAGGACUGUGGGAGAAUUCCCGUUUCACAGACUGUUGUUUGUGUGUUGCCGGCCAGGAAUUCCAGGCUCACAAAGCUAUCUUAGCAGCUCGUUCUCCUGUUUUUAGUGCCAUGUUUGAGCAUGAAAUGGAGGAGAGCAAAAAGAAUCGGGUUGAAAUCAAUGAUGUGGAGCCUGAAGUUUUUAAGGAAAUGAUGUGCUUCAUUUACACGGGGAAGGCUCCAAACCUCGACAAAAUGGCCGAUGAUUUGCUGGCAGCUGCUGACAAGUAUGCCCUGGAGCGUUUAAAGGUCAUGUGUGAGGAUGCCCUCUGCAGUAACCUCUCCGUGGAGAACGCCGCAGAAAUUCUCAUCCUGGCUGACCUCCACAGCGCAGAUCAGUUGAAAACUCAGGCGGUGGAUUUCAUCAACUAUCAUGCUUCAGACGUCUUGGAGACCUCUGGCUGGAAGUCAAUGGUGGUGUCACAUCCUCACUUGGUGGCCGAAGCAUAUCGCUCUCUGGCUUCGGCACAGUGCCCUUUUCUGGGACCCCCACGCAAGCGCCUGAAGCAAUCCUAAGAUCCUGCCUGUUGUAAGACUUCCGUUUAUUUUCCAGAAGCAGCAGCCACGGUUGCUGCCACUGACCACCAGGUAGACAGCGCAAUCUGUGGAGCUUUUACUGUUGUGGGGGGAAAGACUGCAUCGUGGCCCCAGACUUUUAAAACAGCACUAAAUAAACUUUGGGGAAACGGGGGGAGGGAAGGGCCUGGGACUCGGGGCAGUUCAGCCUAUUGAAAACCCUGUUGCUGUGUCACUGUGUUCCCUUUGGCCUGGCCAAGUUUGAUACGGUGGGGAUUCAGUUUAGGCAGUGACCCUGUGGACAUCCCAGCGGUGGUACUUUGGAGAAACCUGUCUGCAUCUGACUGAGCAGAACGAAUUGUCAGGUGCCUGGAGCGAAAAGGAAAAAAAUAAAAAAUAAAAGGACAUUUAGUUUUAAAAGAAGGGAAAAGGAAAGGAAAGAAGAAAGGAUUUUUGCAGACUUUCUCAAAAAUCAGCUUGUGGAAUCUAGUAGUAUUUAUGUUGCGAGAAACUAAUUUUAGUCCAUCCAACUGUGCUAAAACUUGGAUAUUUGUGAAAACUCCUCACCACCAUACAACUAUCAGAAGAGCUCUCUUGUUGUUAGCACUUACUGUUUGCAAGAACAGAAUACAUCCUUUUAUCCUUUUAUGAAAAAUGACAAGUGAAGGUGAAAGAGGAAAGAGGUUAUUUGAUCUGGAAGAUGAGUGUUCUGAUGUGGUGGCAUUUGCAAAAAAUCUUUAUUGGUGUUGAAAACUGGAAAAAAUAAUUCAUCCAGAAUUCAUACUGUCUUGACAAGAACUAUGGUUCUCUGUUUUUAGAUAUUGUGGAAAAUGUUUUUUGGCAUUUUUCUCUGAUUUUAUUUCUCUUCCCUACCCCCUUUUCUAAAAAACAAAAACAAACAAACAAACAA